AUGUCGACCACAGUCUCCAGCAAUCCCUUGAGAAACGAUGCCGCUUUCAACAGCGACUCCGAUUCAGACGGACAAGCCCGGGGCGGACGUCGAGCCCUGGCUCAGGUUAACCAGCAGAACCAACAAGUUCUACCUCUACCUCAACUUCCGACAUCCUCGGGUCUUUCCCAGCCUGCUGGUCAAUUGCUCCGUGGUGCUGUAGAUGACGAAGGAAAGCAGAAGGCUGCGGCUUUGCUCGUCGGAAUCAAGCUGGAUCUCGAGGCCGAGGUACACUUGACUGCAAGGGUCCGUGGAGAUAUCUGUAUCGGAUUGUACUAG